AACCACACAAAGAUAUAGCAGUACUGUUGCUCUCCACUCAAAACAUAUUUAUAUAGUCAAGAAGCUAAUUGUGUGUUGAGAGUAGACAAUGGGUUCCCUACCUGCUAGCGUUAUCACUUGCAAGGCUGUGGUGUGUAAGGAAGUGAAAAAGCUGGGGCAAUCCUACAAAGAUGUAAUUGAAGUGAUGGACAUACAGGUAGAUGUGCCACAAGACACGGAGAUCAGAAUCAAGAUGUUGUCCGCCGGUAUCUGUCACACCGAUAUUUCAAACAUCAGGGGGUUCAUGACCAAGCCAUAUCAUUUCCCGAAAGUUCUGGGGCAUGAAGGUGUUGGAAUUGUGGAGAGCUUGGGACCGGAAGCGAAAGGUUUCGAAGUCGGCGACAUGGUCAUCGCUCCGACGUACGGGGAGUGCGGGGAAUGCAGCAGCUGCAGAUCGGGCCGGACCAACGUCUGCCAGAAGUACGGCGCCAACGACCCGCCGAUGGAGCCCGACGGCAGCUCCCGGUUCUCUUUCGUCGACAAGGACGGGAAGAAGCAGUUUCUCUACUACUUCCUCGCCUGCUCCACGUGGACACAGUACAUGGUCGUCGACUCCAACUACGCCGUCAAGCUCAACGACUACGAUUUCCCUCCGGCGCACGGCUGCAUCCUGUCCUGCGCCUUCACCACCGGUUACGGCGCGGCCUGGCUCGACGGUCGCGUCAGGCCAGGAGACACCGUCGCCGUCUUUGGCACCGGCUCUGUUGGUCUCUCGGUAAGCGAGCCAGCCCAUUUACGAUAUUAAUCACCUUCUUACACUCUUCGUAAAAUGAAAAAUCUUUCCCACAAGUCUUUGAAAUCUGCACAGAUUUAUCAAACCAUAUGUUUUUUUUUUAAUUUCAACAUUUAAUAUUGAAGGUAGUGAGAAUUUAAAUACAUGACCUUAAAUACCAAUAAGCUCUGAUGCUAUAUGUGAUAAACCAACUGAUCUACAUAAUUCGAGUUGAUAGAAUUGAAAUCUGUACAUGCGCGGUGCGCCCAUCAGAUGCCACGUGUUUUUUUUUUUAAAUACAAUCGUUAAUUCUAG